UCCCGAGGAGCCGGAGCGGAGCGGGACACAACGGACCGAAACACCGGGAGAAAGCGCAUCUCAGCCUCGCGUAGAACCGCACCAGGACCCCGCACGCCCGCGAACCAUGGCCUCCAAGUGCCCCAAGUGCGAAAAGACGGUGUAUUUCGCCGAGAAAGUUUCGUCUCUGGGGAAGGACUGGCACAAACUCUGUUUAAAAUGCGACCGCUGCAACAAACUGCUGAACGCCGGAGGUCACGCAGAGCACGACGGACGGCCCUACUGCCACAAACCGUGCUACGCUGCCCUCUUCGGACCAAAAGGCGUGAACAUCGGAGGAGCAGGUUCGUACAUUUACGAGGCUCCGGUCAAUAAUUCCAGUUUGGAUUCUGCCCCAAAGACGGAGGAGAAGAAAAUCUUUGUCCCUAAAGCUUCGUCCAAAGCCGGGAGCAUCACCACUUUCUCUGGAGAGGCCAACCUGUGUCCCAAGUGCAACAAGAAGGUUUAUUUUGCGGAGAAGGUGACGUCUCUGGGGAAAGACUGGCACAGGCCGUGUCUGCGGUGUGAACGCUGCAGCAAAACUCUGGCCCCAGGAAGUCACGCAGAGCACGACGGAAUGCCGUACUGCCACAAACCCUGCUACGCCGUUCUGUUCGGGCCCAAAGGCGUGAACACCGGCGGCGUGGGCAGCUACAUCUACGAGAAGGAGCCCAGCGCCGUGACCGAACCCUGAGAAUCCAACCCUCAACCUCCACCUCCUCCACCUCCUCCUCCACCUCCUCCACCUCCUCCCUCGCUCUUCCUCUCCACCCACAACAGUGUUACGUCUCCAACUCUGUCCCUUCAGCGCUCAGUGUCCGACCUCCCGCUUCUCCAAAAACUCCCCAAAAACCCAGUAAAACCGUAGAAACCGCGAGCAGAUUCUCCAGUGACGUGAUUCUACCGUAAACGCCAUGAUUUCAUUUUGUAAACGAAAACACCACGAGGAAUAAAAGUAGUGACAUCGGAAACGGGCGCUUCCAGGUUUUCCUGAACUUUGGGGGAGAUUUCUCGUCGGUUUCAAACUCGAAUCUGAGUCUUGACACUUCGCCGACGACGUUCUUUAAAAAAAACAAAAAAACGACGGCUUCAUGACGUCACGAGGUGGAACAGAACCACCGGAGUCACACUGAAAACCAGGACUAAACCAGGUCUAAACCAGGACUAAACCAGGUCUAAACCAGGACUAAACCAGGACUAAACCAGGUCUAAACCAGGACUAAACCAGGUCUAAACCAGGUCUAAACCAGGUCUAAACCAGGGACUAAACCAGGACUAAACCAGGUCUAAACCAGGACUAAACCAGGUCUAAACCAGGUCUAAACCAGGUCUAAACCAGGGACUAAACCAGGACUAAACCAGGACUAAACCAGGUCUAAACCAGGUCUAAACCAGGGACUAAACCAGGACUAAACCAGGACUAAACCAGGUCUAAACCAGGUCUAAACCAGGUCUAAACCAGGACUAAACCAGGUCUAAACCAGGUCUAAACCAGGUCUAAACCAGGACUAAACCAGGACUAAACCAGGACUAAACCAGGUCUAUCCAGGAACUAAACCAGGUCUAAACCAGGUCUAAACCAGGUCUAAACCAGGACUAAACCAGGUCUAAAUCAGGUCCUUUGGAAAAGUUGCAGAGUGGAGCUUUAAUUAAAAGAUUUCAAAGUCAUGAUUCUUUUCCACUCGUUUCAAACUUAAUUAUUGUUUUUUUUUUAAAUAAAAAAAUGUGCCAUAAAAGUGGAUCUAAAACUAUUUGAAAAGAUUCUUGCGACUGUUCCUCAAAGAACCACAAAGAUCAGGACUAAACCGAGAUCUAAACCAGGUCUGGACGUGGACUAAACCAGGUCUACAGUGGGACUUGAACCGUUUCUCACGAACUAAAAUCAAAAAAACUUGAGAAAAUCCGCUCACUUGACCCUAAACCGUUUGUGUUUCUGUCUCGACGUCUUUUUGAAAUCUCCUCCAAAGCGUAAACGAGGUGAGGUGCAUCGUGGGAAAUGUAGUCUGACACGCAGGAGCCGAGGAGCAGCUGCGGCUCACAGGCGGCUCCCAGAAAACCCCAGAAAUCCUCUCGUUUUUGUUUUUUUUCUUACACUUUUGGCCGUCCACAUUCCUGUUCUGAAACUCGUGUGGAGUUUUUUGACGCCCGCAGCUCGACCGCGAUGUCGGACCCACAUUUUUCUCCUCGCAUGUUUUUUCUCUAACUGUAUUUUUGCUAAACACUAAAAAAAUUAAAGCGUAAAAUAAAACUCGACGACCAGCGCGAAGCCGAGAAACGACGGAACUGCAAAACGUUUCAACGGAUUUAGACGAAAUCUGAUGGAAAAAAAACAUGUUUGGUUCUUUAAAGUUACUGGUUCAAAACGAGAACUAAACCAGGACUAAACCAGGUCUCUAAACCAGGUCUAUCCAAGGACUAUAUCAGGUCUAAAGCAGGUCUAUCUACAGACUAAACCAGGUCUGAACCAGGUCUAAACCAGGUCUAGCCCAGAACUAAACCAGAUCUAAACCAGAUCUCGCCCUGAACCAAAGCAGGUCUAAACUAGGUCUAGCCAAGAAAAAACCAGGUCUACCCGAGGACUAAAUCAGGUCUAAACCAGGUCUAGCCUGGAACUAAAGCAGAUCUAAACCAGGUUUAACCAAGGCACAAACCAGGUCUAAACCAGGUCUAUCCAAGGACUAAAUCAGAUCUAAACCAGGUCUAGCCCAGAACUAAAGCAGAUCUAAACUAGGUCUGUCCAAGAACUAAACCAGGUCUAAACCAGGUCUCUCGCCAAGGACUAAGCCAGGUCUAUUGAAGGACUAAAUCAUCAGGUCGAAAUCAGGUCUAGCCCUGAACUAAACCAGGUCUAAACCGAGUCUAGCCCAGAACUAAAUCAGAUCUAAACCAGGUCUAGCCAAGGACUAACCCAGGUUUAGCCCAGAACUAAACCAGGUCUAUCCAAGGACUUAACUAUGUCUAAACCAGGUCUAGCCCAGAUUUAAACCAGGUCUAUCCAAGGACUAAAGUAGGUCUAAACCAGGUCUCUCGCCAAGGACUUAACCAGGUCUAUUCAAGGACUAAAUCAGGUCGAAAUCAGGUCUAGCCCUGAACUAAACCAGGUCUAAACCGAGUCUAGCCCAGAACUAAAUCAGAUCUAAACUAGGUCUAGCCAAGGACUAAACCAGGUCUGGCCCAGGUCUAAACACACAUUUGACUCUUUAAAUUUACAGUUUUUUAAAUGAAAUGAAACGUAAUAAAACGUUAAAGGAACUCGAGUGAAACCAGGACUUUUUAGGACUAAACCUGGACUAAAACAGGUCUAAACAGGACCACAGAUUAAGACGAUUUUAAUUCAUAAAAUCCAACGAGAAAAUGUGGGAGUAACAAAUGAAUUUUAGGUCUAAACCAGAACCGAGUCUAAACCCAGACAGAAACGCGGAAAAUGUUUUAUUCUAAAUCCUAAAUCCGGAUUUAAACGUAAAAUAAAGUUGUAUAGAAAAAGACGGAGGAGGGACUGAACCUGGAUCAAACCUGGACUUCAAGAUCCAAAAGUAAACUUGGAUUAGACUCGACUAAACCAGGAUCAACGGAACAGAAGUGAAACCAGGAUCAGUGUAGGACUAAACCUGGACUAAAGCAGGUCUGAUCUUGGACUAAACCAGGACUAAACCAAGAGAUUAAGAAUAUUUGAAUUCAUAAAACGAGAAAAAGACGAAGUAAGAAAUGAACAAAACCAGGAUUUGAAUAAACUAAGACUUUAAAGACAAACUUUUAUUCAUUAGAAAUCAAAUUAUAAACCAGGAUUUAGUCGGGAUUAUUAUAAAUUCCGUUGUAAACUUUGAAUAAACACAGAUUUUAUUAUUUGUUAUUGAAUUACUAAACCAGGACUAAAGAGACUAAAUGAGUUUCUACAGAGAACGGGAGAGUCAAAUGGACUGAACCAGAUAUAAACCAGGACUGGACCAGGAUCCAACCAGGAUUUACUGAGGACUAGAGCAUAUCUUAUCUGCAGGUCUAAACCAGGUCUAUCCAAGGUCUAAACAAGGACUAAACCAGGUCUAUUCAAGGUCUAAACAAGGACUAAACCAGGUCUAUCCAAGGACUAAAGCAGGUCUAGACCAGAACUAAACCAGGUUGAUCCAAGGGCUAAACCAGAUCUAGACCAGAACUAAACCAGGUCUAGACCAGAACAAAACCAGGUCUAUCCAAGGACUAAACCAGGACUAACCCAGGUCUAUCUAAGGACUAAACGAGGUCUAGCCCAGAACUAAACCAGGUCUAGAUCAGUUGUUCAAAUCCACAACUAGAACCUGGUCUAAACCUGGUCUAAACCAGGACUAAACCAGGUCUAAACUGGUUGUUUCUCUUUAAAUCCCGUUAAACGUUUGCGCGGUUUUGUUGUGACUCGCGCUCUCACGUGUUUGUUUGUUUGUUUGUUUAUUUGUUUGUAUUUAUUGUGCGUUUUUGCCACGACUUUAACUUUAGAAUCACACACGAGCUGUAAACAUCUCUGAAAAAAGAAAAGAUUUUUAUGAUGAUCUAUUUUUAAGAGAAUAAAUAACCUGCUGUUUUUCCUCGAGAGAAAAUGUUGACGUUUAUAUAUUUUUGCCUUUAGCAUUAGCAUUAGCGUUAGCGUUAGCGUUAGCACAGACAGUCGUUCUCUUGAAUGAGCCGUAAAAUAAAAACAUCAAAUGUUUGAGUUUUUGUACAAAGUGGAGUUCAGCACUUGGACCAGAGCCCUGCUGCUACUGUCUGUAACCCUCAAUAAACUAUUCUGA